UGUGUGUGUGUGUGUGUGUGUGCGGUCCCGCGUUCAACUGAAAAAACAAGAUCGACAUGAGAUUCUCUCUUUCGCGCGAAACAGAAAAAGACCGUGCGCAACCGGUUGACAUUUCUCACCGGACGACACGCGGAGGAGGUGUGGAGGUUUGUCGUCAUUGUGUUUGCCGGAGCAAAUAGAAAUGCAUGAGAACAGAGAAAGAUGUAUUCUGAAAGUUAGAAAGAAAAACACUUUGCGCGAGAGAAACCGAUGCCGAGGAUAUCUGCAUUUAAAUAAGGAUGAUCAUGGAUUCUUGCGAGAGCCAGUGUUGCGUAACGUCGGAUGCAAAACGCGCGUCCUAUCAAACAAACCUUCGUAUUGUAUUCCAAAUCGAAAGCACUCGAGUCCCGAAGAAACGAGAUCCGUCGAGGAAUAAAGCAAGCAGCUCAUCUUAUCUACAGGAAAAUAUGCACGUUUUGCUGAUGGUAGUGCUGUUGUAUCUCUGGGUGACACUUCUGUCAUGGUCACAGCGGUCAGCAAACAUCAGUCGUCAUCCAAUUCCUCGUUUCUUCCGCUCGUUGUGGACUAUAGACAAAAAGCAGCAGCAGCUGGUCGUAUCCCGACCAAUUUCCUACGAAGGGAGCUUGGACCGACUGAACGCGAAAUUCUCACAAGUAGAGUAAUCGAUCGGUCAAUAAGACCUUUAUUUCCAGAAGGAUUUUAUUUUGAUACACACGUGAUGUGCAACAUGUUAGCUGUGGACAAUAUGAACGAUCCCGAUGUGAUAGCCAUUAAUGGUGCUUCUACAGCUCUUAGCGUUUCCGAUAUUCCGUGGGACGGUCCUGUGGGCGCUGUCAGAGUAGGAAUGAUCGAUAACGAUAUUAUAAUCAAUCCCACAAGACGUCAAAUACAAGAUAGUAUAUUAAAUAUGAUUAUCACCGCGACCAAGCACAACUUAAUUGUCAUGAUAGAGGGUUCGGCAAAUGAUAUAUUGGAGCAAGAUCUCAAGAAAGCGAUAAAGCUCGGUGUGAAAGAAUGCCAGACCAUCGUAGCCUCAAUAACAAAUUUGCAAAAGAUGUAUGGAAAACCAAAAAGAAAAAUCGAAAUCAACGAGCAAGACAAUGACGAAAGUCUGAUUAGUUCCGUGAAAGAACUCGCGGAGACGAAAUUGCGAGAAAUAUUUUUAGAUCACACGCAUGACAAAAUUUCCAGAGAUAAUGCUGUUUCUGAUGUUAGAAAUAAUGUUAUUGAAACGUUGAAAAAUGAUAACGCAAAUUUGAACAUUACAUUAGUAGAAAAAAUCUUCGGGACAAUUAGUAAAGAUAUCUUUAGGCAACUGAUUUUAGAGAAAGAAAUUAGAUGCGACGGUCGUUCUUUGACUGACUUACGCAAUAUAACGUGUGAAGUAGAUCUCUUUAAUCCUCUUCACGGUUCGGCUGUGUUUCAAAGAGGUCAAACUCAGGUCAUGUGUACUGUAACUCUGGAUUCCUUGGAAAGCGCCCUUAAAAUGGAUGCUGUUUCAAUGCUAAUUAGUGGUGUGAAAGAGAAGAAUUUCUUUCUCCAUUAUGAUUUUCCACCCUAUGCGACUAACGAAACGGGGCGGGUAGGUCGGAUAGGUCGCCGGGAGAUGGGACAUGGCGCUUUGGCAGAGAAGGCCCUGCAACCGAUUCUUCCUAAGGACUAUCCCUUUGCCAUAAGACUGACUAGUGAAGUUUUAGAAUCAAAUGGUUCUUCCUCAAUGGCUACCGUUUGCGGUGGGAGUUUAGCACUUAUGGAUGCGGGUGUACCAAUAUCUUCGCCAGCAGCGGGUGUAGCUAUUGGUCUUGUGACUAGGUACAAUGAAACUAAAACAGAUAUCGAAGACUAUAAAAUAUUAACUGACAUAUUGGGAAUCGAAGAUUAUCUUGGCGAUAUGGAUUUCAAAAUAGCGGGUACCAAGCGAGCGUUCACUGCUCUGCAAGCUGAUGUGAAGAUACCAGGAGUUCCGCUAAAAAUUAUUAUGGAGUGCAUACACCAAGCAACAGUUGCUAAGUCAGAGAUCUUAAAACUUAUGAACAAUGUGUUGCGGGAACCGCGAUCGACUAAAAGGGACAAAAUGCCGAUUGUCGAGAACAUACAAAUUCCUAUUCAUCAAAGAGGAAAGUUUCUUGGAGUCGGUGGGAUAAAUCUGAAAAAAAUUCUAUUGGAAACUGGAGUGCACAUAAAUCCACAUGAUGAGGAAACGUAUUACAUUUUUGCGCCGAACGAAAGUGCCAUGGCUGAGGCAAAAGAAAUGAUCGAGAAUAUUCUGCAAAAAGAUCGCGAGCCGACAUUAGAGUUCGGUGGUAUAUAUAAAGCAAAAAUAGUCGAAAUUCGAGAAACUGGCGUUAUGGUAACGUUAUAUUCCAACAUGGUGCCCACAUUUUUGCCGAACUCUCAGUUAGAUCAGUGCGUGAUUCAUCAUCCGAGUGCUCUAGGUCUUGAAAUAGGUCACGAAAUAAAAGUCAAAUACUUUGGUCGAGAUCCGGUAUCCGGGCAGAUUAGGUUAUCGCGAAAAGUGUUGCAGCAACCUACGAAAGUUGUGAGAAGUUUGCAUCGCGAAGAAGAAAAUGGAUAAAAAUUUUAUAAUUUAAAUUGUUAUAUAUUUUGAAAACGACACAAUUUAUAUAUCAACAUUUCAUGUUUUAAAGAAACAAUGAGAGUAUAAAUAAUUUUCCAUCGAAAAGUGUCUCUCAAUGCCAUCAUUUUAUACGAUUUUAAUUUUAUAUACAUA